AUGACCGGCAGUUGUGGGAGCCAGGAGCCGGAGCAGUUGAAGGGCUAUGGCGUGAAUCGAGACGUAAACAUAACAACUGGAAUGUGCGCUAGGGCCGGCGGCGACGGAGAGCUGACUGACCUGGUCUCGUUGUCGUCUGAGCCGUUCUCGGGUCAGUGGGGAGCAGUUGAGUCAGACGAAGAUGAGCGCGACUGGCGGCCACGUACGCGACACAAAGGGUGUCGGUACGCGUCCGUUUCCGGCGAGAAGAAGCCGACUAAACUAGUCUGGGGCCAAAAGUUGGUGCGGUUCUGCGGAUAUGCAGCAUUGACUGAAAUACUCUACUCCGUAGGAUCUGGCAAGACGUGCCUUCUAGAGAUUCUAGGCAAUCGAAUGAGGAAUGGCAAGACAGUUGGCAGUGUCGUGCUUAACGGCAACCUUGGCACAACUAGCGACCUCUAUAAGAAGGUGGCGCACGUACGUAAGGAGACACACCUCGUGCCCUACCUCACUGUCGCGCAGACCCUCAAGUUCUUCCUCAUGUUUAAGAAGCCGGAACACAUGGGCUGGAAAAGCAAGUCAGCCAUGGUGGAGCAGUUGAUCGACGAAAUACGCCUGGCGCACGUACGCGACACAAAGGUCGGUAGCCUCGCUUCCGGCGAGAAGAAACGACUAAACCUAGUCUGCCAAGUUGCUCUCGAUACAGACAUCAUACUCCUGGAUGAACCGACAACGCCAUUGGAAACGUAUCCUGCAAUCUUCCUGAUGGAAUACCUCAGAACACUGGCGGCCAGAGACAAAAUGAUCAUCAUGUCUAUACAGCACCCGAGCAUGGACAUAUUCUCGAUGAUAGACAAAGUUGUGCUGCUCUCUUCUGGUAAGAUGAUGUACUAUGGUGCGGCUAGAGGAAUGGUGAGCUACUUCUCAGCAAUGGGAUUUUCAUACCCGCCUCUUGUCAACCCGUGCGAUUACUACGUCGAUCUGGUGACACUCGACGACAGGACGUACGAGACGUUGGCCGAGUCGAAUGACAGAAUCAACAAGAUCUGCGCCAACUACAUAGACAAGGCCCCCGUCCUCUCAGACCCCGAGCCUUCGAUCGUCGGCCUACGGAGGAUUCGUCACACCGGUGGCUGCUUGCAGUUUUUCAUCUUAUUAGGACGACUAUUCACCUGUCAUGGCUGCACACUGCGCGACACGUGGCUGCAGGUGCUAGAAGUCUUCCUCGCUGCUCUCAUGUCCGUUCUCAUCGGCGCCAUCUUCUCCUCGGAGUACGACCGUCUCUACGCUUACGAGAAGUUCUCCUUCUUCUUCGUCAUGCUGGUCAUCGCACCGUUGCCAUACGUCUACCGCACCAUCGGGCGAGCGUCAGAAGAGAGGCGAGACUUUUACUCUGAGGUAGAUGAAAACUUGUACAGCCCCGUUGCAUUGUUUUUUGCUAAGAUACUCGGAGAUAUCCCGAUAGCUCUCAUCGCGGCGCUCGCCUACAUGGCUCCAGCAUACUGGAUCGCAGAGAUGAGCAGCUUUCGGAGUACGUGGGGCAUGUACCUAGCGCUGAUGUUCAUCUACAUAUAUGGUCUCCGCCUUAUGGCCAUCGCUCUAUCCAACGUCUCCCGACGCGACAUCAACGCCGCCAGCGCCGCAUAUCUGAUCGUCGCCUUCCUCGGAGCGUCGUGCGGCUGGAUCGUGCAUCCCCGCAUACUGAAGAACGCGCACGUGUUCUUCUGGUCGAUGUACGUUUCGAAUUCGCACUGGGCGUACCGAGAGAUGAUCCAGCACGAGAUGGCAGCACUGUACAACUACAGCUACCCGUGCGGGCCGGCGACGACGACGACAACGACGGUGCGGCCACAGUUGAUCAUAACCGAGCCGGAGCAGGAGGGCGUGAAGCUCUGUUGGGCAAACACAGAGGACUUUCUCUCGCACUACGGCAUGCAGGAGCGCAUGGACGCCUGGAUCCCGUUCGUCGUCGUAGCUGCGUUCGGUCUCUUCUUCUUCGUCUUCGCCUUCAUCGCCAUCGCCAUGUUCCGAGUGAAGCCGAGGAGGGCGCCACGUGCGCAGAGCGAUCCCGUCACGAGAGCAAUGAGCGAGCACCAGUCCGUCUUCACUAUGUAGAAGUACGUACAGUACCGUACAGUACCGCACAUUACCGUAUAGAACCGUAUAGUACCUCUACUGUAUAAGUAUCUCGCUCUUCUUCCUCGUGACUAAUGUGACAAUACGGCGCUUAAGGCGAGAACAAAAUUUUUCAUCAACUCCGUAACUGUCACUCGUUAGCCGAUUAUCUUCCUCCAGUUGUGAUUAUCCAGAUUCGUAUCUGCCUUCACAGUCCGGUGUAAAACUGUCUGCAAACGCGUCUGUAGAAGCAGCAGGAAGCUUAAAUGAUGACCGACUUUGAUAUGACCGUCGGGCGUGGCUGCGAAAAGGCGCUUGCAAAACCUCGAACGCACGAAUCCCUUACUCGUCUUUACUCGUUAGAUGCAGGCACGGAAACAGCCGAGGUCUGUCGAUUGCACAUUCCCGUAGGUACGACUCCAGAUCUAUCUCGAAUCACAUUAUAUACAUCACAUAUCGAAUUCAGCAUCGUUAUUAUUGCAUGGCAUUCUCAUUCGACUUCGUUAUACGUGUCUAGAAGCGAAAUACAGUGUGCAUAUAUAUAUUGGAUAAUUUAUAACAGACUAUACACGGUACCGAAAUCUGUAACUUUCUCUAAUUCUCUUUCUCACCAUAACGUAGUCGCUGAAUGUGCAUGAAACGUAGCCGUCUAUAAUUAUUUACUAUUUACUUCAACCGGUAAACACGAAAUAUCGCCCCCAUCAACAUAAACAUCACAUAAACAUCAAUGUAUAUAAUUAACAUCUAAAUUGUAAUGUUUAUUGACUAUAAUUAUAUAUAUAUUACGCAGCAGUUAUGUACAUUUUUUAUCUGUAACCUAGUUUUGUGCUUGGUUACUACCCAAGCAGUAAGUUAGCGUUCGUAAAUAAGCAAGGUGUUAGUUUAUUCGCGCGAUGAUAUACAUUUUCAAGAGCGUAUUAAGCAUUAGUACGCAAUAAGUAAUACUUAAAACGCUCUUGAUAUUUUUUAGAUAUAUUUUAAAUAAAUCUUUUUAAUUACGGGUUUCCUAUAAACAAUUCAUUAUCUUCUGUUGGUGUUCAUUGAGAUUUUUUUCUAUUAUUCGCUGUGCAAUGCCGCCACCAUGGCCGAUGCAUCAACAAGGGAAAUAUAUGUCCGCUUGUGAGAUGUCAUAAUGCUACAGCAUAUAAAUAUAAAUAAACGAAAUGCACUGUACAAAUGUUAA